AUGAGUCUAUUCCGAGUUAAUCCGCAUCACUUCCCCCGCCUAGUCAUAUUCCUGUUGAUUCUCCAGGCCCCCCAAGCCCUAGCACAACAGAUCGUCUCUGCUACAGCCGCAUGGUCUUCGCAGAUUGUCGCCUUUUGGGGCGCCAUCAUCAUCGCCUCACAAGUAGGCAAGGUCGGAACGGGAGGAACAUCAAUCUUUUCGAGUCUCCGCGCCAGUCUCCGGGCACGAUCAAUCGCUAACGCCCUCGCGCGCGGAAACUGGUUUCUCCAUUCGGGAUGGUCGAACGGAUCGAUGCGCAUGGACAUUGCCAUGGUCCACUGGGAGUCGGCGAGGGAUCUGACGGCUUUGGCUCGGCGUAUCGCGAUGCAGAUUGAGACGUUUGGGGAUAAGUGGCAGGUGCUAGUGCUGGGGCAAGAGAUGAAGAAAACUCCAGCGACAGGAACAGACGGCGGGGGCAAAGAUAAGGAGGGGGUGAUCCAUUGGAUUAAGAGUCCGAGGAGUGAGCGCUUCUGCGGCGCCAAGGUGAAAGGAACCGGGGAGAAUCUGUUUCGACUGAGAGAGAGCGACUUGAUGGAUGCAUUGAAUAUGCUGAACGAGACACCUCCGGUGCCAGUGAAGGAUAUUGUCGAGGAGUUGAUUCAGAGGGAGGAUACGCGCGCGUCCAGACCGACGUAUUUGUCUGAACAGCACAAUGAGAUGAAAGCAAACAGCGGGCAGCUGUCAUGGGGGUAUAUUUUUACCAACAUCGAUCACCAGCAGAGUCCAUUUUUGGCACUGAAGCGCUGGACUGGACCGAACGGGAUUGAUCGUGGCGCCAGGAUGAUUUGCGCAACGCGGAUGUACUUGCUGGUGCAUCUGCUCAUUGCUUGCGCUGUCGGUCUAAUGGCUGCGGCGACGGGGCGUGGACUUGCUGUGUGGCUGAUGGCGGUGCGACCGACCAUUUCGACUAUGGGAGGGAAGAAUGUGAAUGGAAAUGAUGUACUUCGUUCACUGCUCUGCAUGGAUGAAGCGUCAUUUCAAUAUGAGACGCGGGAAGGUUCGAGGUUUCAGGCUGGGGACGUGGUAUCCCAACCGAGGGGAUGGUGGCAGUCAAUCGUGGCGUUUGCCAUGCCAUCGCUUGAGACGGCGAUUAUUCUGGCCGGAUGGCUCUACGGAGCUUUGAAUGCCCAGAGACUGGAACCCUCAGGCGUUGUGGGAAAUGGAAUGCUGUGGUUGUCCAUCGUGGUCGGACUGUCCUUGUGCAUCCGCGCAUUGUUCACGCUGCGCAACCAUGACAAGGGCCGUCUCGUGGGGAUCUGGAAGGAAUCUGACUUUAUUCGAUUCACAGUGGGGACGGAGUCGUUGGAACUACAGGUCGCUGAACUAUCACGCCUGACGUCGGACUCGCCAAUCAAUCUCAUCACGACGAUCCUCACCGACAAAGACACAGACAGCGAUGCAGCGAUGCAGGUAGUCGAGUCUCUGCUUCGCCUCCCCAUCACUACCACUCUGCUCGAAUACCUCGUCGCAACAGAGAUCAUGAAAUUCAAAUACGAAGGAGACAAAAUCACCACCAAAGCCGACAAGCCAAUCUCUCCCAAGUCGGAAUCCCCGUGGAUUCAGUCAUAUUGUUGUAUCUUUCUGGUUAUGCUUUCAUCAUGUGUUUCGGCUGUAUAUGCGUACUACCCGCUUCCUCGCUGGAUCAAGCUGGUCACGGAGAUUGUGGUUGCCGUGAGUGCCGUCUUUUUCAACUCGGUGGAUCUAGUAGGGAGCUUUAUGCAUGAGAAGGAGACGUCGAUCUGUUUUAUGGUGGCGGCGUUGGUGACAUCGUCGGUGUGGUAUGUGGGUUUGGAGGGGGCCGGCUAA